AUGGCCCGAGACGACACGCGCCUGAAGGCUGAGCACCUGAAAAAGAGAGCGGAGACCGCGCUUCGCGAGGGAAACUACAGGGAGGCUUGGCAUGGAUAUACAGAGGCCCUGGAAUUGCUGCCGGACAAGAUCAGCCGCAGCAAGAUCUACUGCAAUCGCUCUUUGGCCUAUCUCAAGGCUCUGAGAUACAGCGAGGCCCUGGACGACGCAGAGGGGACAGCGAGCGAGGCAGAGUGUGACAGGAUGCUGUGGGCUGUGAUACAGCGGCUCACAAGGGAGCAGCUAUGCCAGAGCAUCCUUGUAAUUAUGGAAGAAUUGUUAAACCAGGGUGUUGUGGAGAGGGCUAGAGUUGAGGCAGUGACCGAUGGUGAAAUGUUGGAAGCUUCCUUCAGGCUGCUGGCCCUGGAGCACAAGGGCUGCCCCAAGCCUGGCCCCUACUACAGGUGGGCAACUUGCUCUCUGAGUGGGAGAGUGGAUGCUCAAGCAGCAGUGGAUGCACUCCUAGAGCAACAUCAACAAGCAGGUGACAGCUGCAAAACACAGCCGGAGGUGGAUGCGCAGGUGGCGAAGGCAUAUCUGCGGCUGGGCGAGGCCUAUGUGGCCGAGAGGGAACACCCUGACAGGGACUGCAGGAGGGCUCUCGAGGCGUUCAUUCGCGGGUUGGAAUUUGAUCCGCGCAGCGAGCGGCUGAGGGAGCUCAGGACGGAGACAGAGGGCGAGCUGACCGGACAGGAGAUAAAGGCAGUGCUCGGCGGGCUGCGCAAACCAGAAGGGAACGCGUCGGACGGCUGCACUCCAGCCAGGCUGUUCAGGGUGGAUAUAGCGCUGCGCUACCCUCAGGCGACGCACAGGGGAUUUGGAGCUAGGGCGCGCAAGGCGCUGCGGGCUGCGGUCGCGCGGGCGGCCGGCCUGACCGCACCGGCAGUGGCGUUUGACGGCGUGCGGCGGCUGGUGCAGAAGGAGAGCGCCGCCGGCAUCGUGGUCCGCGUCUGCGCAGAGACCGGGCGCGACAUCCUGGCUGCACAGUUCCUUGUCACAGCGCUCAAGGAGAACCCUCAGGAGCUUCUUGGAGGGGAGGUUCUAGCCAAGAUGCUGGGGCAGAUGGAUGCCAGCGCCCUGGAGGCAGAGAUAGUGGAUGUCACACCAGCACGCUGUGAGAAUCAUGAUGUAUCAGCAGGGCCAGAUUCGGCAGAUCUCAGCAUGGUGCCGGCGGCGCGGCCGAAGUUGGAGCUGGAGGUGCCGUACCGGAUGUACCGGUUGACGCGCGGCGACGGCGGCGCGCUGGAGCGGCCGGACAAGCACCCCUUCUGCAUGUCGCGCGUGUUCUACGACGGCGUUGACCGCCCUGAGGAGGCCUGGGCCCAGCUGGUCGACGGCUCCUGCCGCUGGCGCCAGACCGGCUCCGAGGUUAAGCUCAUCGCGCUCAAGGUGCCGGCAGAUGUCCCACCGCGCGAGCUGGCGGUGAGCUUGGAGCCAUUUCACAUCCGUGUGGCACAUGCGCUCAGCGGAGAGGUGUACCUUGAGGGAGACCUGGAGCGCGGCAUAGUGCCGGAGGAGAGCGUGUGGAUGCACGGUGGCGGCACCGGCGAGGACGGCUGCCUGCUGCUGCUGCGCAAGAUGAACCUCGAACUGCUGCGCAGGCACUGGAUGCACAGCGAGAUGUGGUGGCCGCGCCUGUUCACGCACCAUGCAGACAUUGCAUGGGACGAUUACGAGAAGGACUACAGCGACCUGCCGGCUGAGGUUCUGGCGCCGCACCGAGCGGCGGAGAUUGCACGCGACGCCGUGCGCCGGGUCGAGGCCGCCGAGAAGGACAAGCGCGAGGUUCUACAGGCGCGUUCCCUCUUUGGAGAGGGAUGA